AUGAUUCUUAUUAUAUGUUUACUUAAAAUAUUGGUGAUACAAUUAGUGUGGAGAAGUGAAGUAACUGCAGCAAGAUCUACCAGAGCAAAUUACUCGGCGAUUGCCAGAGGAUUGGGUUUUGAUACCGAAGAAUACGAUGUAGUGACAGAUGACGGAUAUAUAUUGACGUUAUUUCGAAUGCCUGGUGAAAAGAAACCUGUUUUAUUAGUGCAUGGAUUGUUAGAUUCAGCUGAUACAUUUAUUAUCCGAGAAAACCGGUCCCUUGCUGUUGCUCUCGCGCGUGAGGGUUACGAUGUCUGGUCUGCGAAUGUCAGAGGCGGCAGAUAUUCAAGACGACAUAUCAAAUUAAAUCCGGACACAGAUAGGCAUUAUUGGAACUUUAGUUUCCAUGAAAUAGGCUACUAUGAUCUCCCGGCAAUGAUUGACUUUAUCCUAGGCAAAACUGGAGAGACCAGCCUUAGUGCCAUUGGACACUCUCAAGGCAACAGUGUGUUUUAUGUUCUUGGCUCGACCAAACCUGAGUAUAAUAAAAAAAUCAGCGUAAUGAUUGCAUUAUCACCAGUCUGUUACUUCAAUUAUUCAAUGCCUCCUACAUCGAUGUUAAUAGAGUCCUUACCUUAUCUAUCUAAGAUUUUAUUAGGGUCUGGUAAGGAAGAGGUUUUUGGUGACAACACAAUACUGAGACUCUUAAUGGAUGAAAUCUGUGGUUGUAAAAAGUGCUACAAUUUAUGCGCUCGUGGAGUAUUUUUUCCGAUCAGCGGUAGUGAUCCUGAUGAGUUGGAAGCUGCCUUUUUCCCCACAGUCAUAGACCACUAUCCAAGUGGCACAUCAAGAAAAAAUAUUAUUCACCUUGCGCAGGGAUAUUUAAAUAACUUCAGUUUUUACGAUUAUGGAUCUAAGAACAUGGAAAUCUACCAACAAACGUCCCCACCACUGUAUGAAUUGGAAAAAGUUAGUAUGAAAAUUGUACUUCUUGCUGGGAGAAAUGAUGCCCUUGCGUCGGUUAAAGAUGUUGAACUAUUGCGGGAUCGUCUUUCAAAUGUUGAAUACUACUUGUUAAAUAACAGGAUGCUAAAUCAUUUAGAUUUCAUAUGGGGUCGAAAUAUGAAUAAAUACCUGUUUCCUUAUAUUUUCAAUGCACUAACUAAAACCAAUAAGCAUAGUAUUAACUGA